GAAGCAUUAAACCGUUUGAGAGAUGCCAAAGAAUUGUGUGAUGUAGAAAUUGCAACUGAUAAUUCUACUAUUCACGCUCAUCGCCUGGUAUUAGCUUCGGCAAGUUCUUAUUUUCGAGCUAUGUUCCUAUCCAAUUUGGUCGAAAGUCAACAAAAAAUUGUCCACAUUGAGGGCAUUAGUUAUUCAAUCUUAUCUAACUUGGUCAAUUUCUGCUAUACUGGUAAUUUGGUUAUUUCUAUUCAUAAUGUAGCCAAGACAUUGGAAGCAGCUGAUCGCUUUCAGUUAUUAGAUGCUAAGGCAACCUGCUGCUUGUACUUAUCGCGAAUUCUACAACCUUACAACUGUUUAGGGAUUUUAAAAUUAGCCCAAAUAUAUGAUUGUCCUGGUAUUGUCAGUAAAGCCAGUAAUAUAAGCUGUAGAAAAUUUGUACAUGUCGUCCAGAGUGAAGAAUUUUUAGAGAUGAGCUUUCAAGAUUUAGUUAAAUUAUUAUCCAAAGAUUGUUUGCAUAUGACAAGUGAACGGGAUGCUUAUUCCGCCGUAAGUCGAUGGAUCAAGUUUGAUAAAACUGACCGAAUUGCUCAUACGCAUGAUCUAAUGAUGUUAAUUCGGUGGAAGUAUAUUGAUGAAGACUUUAUGCAAUCUUCUGUAUAUGAAGAUGAUCUAUUACCCCAAUCUGUUUUCCCCUUAGUUAGUGUUGAUAGUUUUCAAUCAAGCUUAUCUUAUUAUUAUCACAAUCAAUUUCCACGCAUGUAUACCGAAUAUCUUGUCAUUAUCGGUGGUAUGAGAUCAUCGAAAUCUUGUAAAUGUUAUAAUAUACACCGACAAAAAUGGAUGCAAUUACCGUCGAUGUUAAUGGGUCAACGACGUUCUGAAAAUGCUGCUGUAGUUGUCGUAAAUGGUAAAGUAUACUGUUUUGGAGCAAGUAGUGAUUCAAAGUUGGAAGGAGGCUCGGAAUGUUUUAAUCCUAGUAAAAACAGUUGGAAAUUAAUUGCUUCACUUAAUACUUGCCAUCGUUUUAUGUUCUCGUGCGUUAAUCUAAAUGGUAUAAUAUACGCUUUAGGUGGAUAUGAUACAUUUUCUCAGGCUGUUCAUUGUGCAGUUGAAUCAUAUAACCCUAAAUACAAUAUCUGGGAAUAUGCACCACCUAUGUUAGCUAGGCGCUAUGCAUUUACUGCUCAAGUGAUAGACAGUAAAAUUUAUGCCAUUGGCGGAUAUAACAGUACGGAAUGUUUAUCAUCAUGUGAAUGUUACGAUACAACGACGGAACAAUGGAGAUAUGUUGCAAAUAUGCCGCAACCAAGAGCUCGCCAUGUAACAGCAAACUUGCAUGGAUUAAUCUAUGUUAUCAGUGGCGUGAUUACAUUUAAAGGCGAUUUUGUUGAUAGCGUUCUAGCUUAUGAUCCCAUUAAAGAUCAAUGGCAAUGUCGUGCACCUUUACCUUUCAUACCGAAUAAUCCACAAUUAGUAGCUUUUCACGAUCGAUUAUACUUAAUUCCUGUAAGUCAUAAUCAAAAUAUACUUCAGUACAACCCUAGAGCAGACGAAUGGAGAAUUGUU